AGGUUGAGUACCACAUCCAGAGCAUUCUAUAUUCAAUUUAUACAAAACGUUGACGCCCCUUGUUGACAAUUUUAUCGCAGCCGCCUGUCGAGGAACCGACGACGAAUUAACUGAUCCUCUUCUAGGCAGCUGCAGCUGGACAUAUAAGAAAGACGGCGCUUUUAAUGCCGAAUGAGCCCUGUCCUAAGACAAAGCAAAGUUUAUGUGCUGGUUCGUUAAGUUAUAAGUCCGUGGUGCUUGUACAGUAGAAGGCGAAUUGGGUGUCGCGGAAUUUUUAGUUAACUUUAUUUGUGAGACUGCAUCCCUCCACAGAACCACAAAAUACUUCAGUAACUUAUUUUAUCUGGACUGUAAACGAAGCUCACAGUCCGAUAUGACGACUAGGUAAUUCAUCGCACACGGACAGUGGACCCAAUGGCCAAAGCGGACCGUCAAUCCACAGCGGUGCGGACCGGAGUCCCUUCCUUCAUCGCCACAGGUGCGGCAGAGUGUUGGCAGGGGUGGAUGUGAUGCGGGAUGGGACCACCAGAAACGCCAAGUUCUCAGCCUUGACAAGACUUCCCUAUACUCAUGAUUUGGCUGCUAUCGCGUUCCAACUCGGCCUAUAUUUCAUAACACAUCUCAACUGUCGAGCUAGCAUCUAUGGCGAAGAUCCACCGAGAGGGAGUCACAUUGCUGUCCGAGAGCGAAGGCGCGAGCGAGGACCAGCAUGGUGUGAACGUCAUCUUCAUCCAUGGUCUCAGAGGGCAUCCACGUGGGACAUGGUCGCAUAUACGGUCCACUUCUACGACCGGUCGCAUCGAAGACACCGAUACGCGCACCGACAACCACAAGAACAUCAAGACCUUCUUCAGGCUAAAGAAGAGCAAGAGAGAGACAGACGACAAGAGGCAGACGAGUUUCUCUCCACUGUCGGAUAUCUUCUGGCCAGAAGAGUAUCUCGCGUCAGACCUUCCCCAGGCUCGAAUCUGGACGUACGGGUACAACGCGGAUGUUAUUGGAGGGCUUUUCCAGGCAAACAACCAGAACAGCGUUUCACAGCAUGGCCGGGACUUCGCUGUCAAGUUAGAGAGGGAAAUUGACAAUGAAGAUCCCAUUGUGUUUGUGGCGCAUAGUCUUGGGGGGAUCAUUACGAAAGACGCACUACAUAGAUCGGAAACAAUCUGCAAGCGGACAAGACUGCUUGUCUUUCUUGGGACACCACAUCGAGGAAGCACGUACGCAGGUUGGGGCGUGAUUGCAUCAAACUUGGCGAGCUUAGCCCUUCAAGACUCAAACAAACGUCUUGUACAAACACUUGAAGUCAACGACGAGGUUUUGGACAAUAUUCACGAGGAGUUCAAGACUAUACUUACUAAAUACGCCAUCAAAGUUCACUCGUUCCAAGAAGCGAAGGGGAUUUCCGGCAUGAGAGGUCUAGACAGCAAAGUAGUCGACAACUUUUCCUCGAAGCUCGAUCUCGCUAGGGAACAAGAAACUGUAGAGACCAUCGACGCGAAUCAUAUGGAAAUGGCUAGGUGUAGCAGCAGAGACGAUGCGUCUUACCGCCAGAUCUGUGGAGUUCUAAAGCAAUUCAUAAGGACUGGACUGUCGAGCAGGGAAACGAACUUAGCUGAUAACAAUGAUAUAUCCUCACCUAGCAAACCAUUUAUAGUUCCCUUCUCCCAAGACGAGCACUUCGUUGGUCGAGAAGACAUUCUAGAUCAACUAGACUUAGGAGGCCAGCAGGAGGCGCCAAAAAAGCACAGGAGACAAGCACUAGUCGGUCUUGGGGGAGUUGGGAAAUCCCAAAUCGCUAUCGAGUAUGCAUACCGAGCGCGGAAGCACCGACCGCAAAUAUCAGUGUUUUGGAUCCAUGCAAGUACCAAGACCCGGUUCGAACAAGCGUAUCAAGAGAUUGCAGAGAGGCUUGAGCUUCCGGGGCGAGACGAUCCAAAGGCCAACGUGCUACGCCUAGUAUACAAUUGGCUGUCAGAUGAAGCCAACGGACAGUGGCAUAUGGUCCUAGACAAUGUCGACGACGGAAGUGUGUUUUUUGAGAAUAAUGAUGUCGUUAGGGGCGUCUCACCGCACGACCAAGCAACCAACUUGCAGCCACCACUAGAGACGUUUCUUCCUCAGUCGCGAAACGGAUCAAUCCUUAUCACAUCACGUAACUCGACCGCGGCCAACAACCUCGUCGACACGUUUGGUAAAUUUAUACCGGUAGAGCCAAUGGAAGAGAAGGACUCGGUUGAGUUGCUCAAGACGAAGAUACCAGCAGACAAAAUUUCUAAGGCAGACUUAAAGGAGCUAGCCCAGGCACUUGAAGGUAUUCCACUGGCGAUUACGCACGCUGCAGCAUACAUACGGUCAAGGCCGCGGGUUACCAUAUCUAUAUACCUCAGUCUGUUCCGGGAAAGCGAGGCUAACCAGACUAGUCUACUGAAUAACGAUGAGACGAAAGACCUCCGGCGCGAUCACAGUAUCAGGCACGCGGUGAUUACGACGUGGCAGAUUUCGUUCGAUCAGAUCCAACGGACGAAUGCCGAAGCUGCAGACCUGCUUUCGCUCAUGUGCAUGUUCGAUAGACAGAGUAUUCCCGAGCGGCUGCUACAUAAUAACACAGACCAGUUGCUGUUUGAGGAUAGUGUUGCGCCGCUGGUCAACUUCUCGCUGAUCCGAGAGCAUUCAGAAGGCGGCGCAUUCGAGAUGCACCGGCUGGUGCAGCUGUCGACCAGGAAGUGGGUAGAGUUGAACGGACAGCUACAGAAAUGGCGGAGCGAGGCGAUUAAGAUUACAGAAAGACUGUUCCCAAAUGGAGAUUAUAAGACGUGGUCUCACUGCCAGAUUCUGCUUCCUCACGUGAGAACGGUCAUGUCGUCCAAAGCGACUGAUCAGCAAGAUCUGCUACGUGUUGCAGCGAUAAAUACCAGGUUAGGAUGGUAUUAUAUACAAAAAGGCGAGGCCAUCCGCGCUGAGCCUAUACUUCAAGAGGCAAUAGUGGUAAGGGAGAGGGAGCUUGGGGUCAACCAUCUAGACACGCUCACUAGCGUUAGCGACCUUGCGAUACUGCUACGGAGGCAGGGAAGAUAUGAGGAGGCAGAGUCGAUGAUCCAACGAGCGCUAGAAGGGAGGGAGAGGGAGCUUGGGGUCAACCAUCUAGACACACUUACUAGCGUUAGCAAUCUUGCGUUAGUGCUACGGAGCCAGGGAAAAUAUAAGGAGGCAGAGUUGAUGAACCGACGAGCGCUAGAAGGGAGGGAGAGGGAGCUUGGGGUCAACCAUCCAGACACACUUACUAGCGUCAGCAAUCUUGCGUUAGUGCUAGACAGGCAGGGAAGAUAUGAGGAGGCGGAGUUGAUGAACCGACGAGCGCUAGAAGGGAGAGAGAGGGAGCUUGGGGUCAACCAUCCACACACGCUCACUAGCGUCAACAACCUUGCGUUAGUACUAGACAGCCAGGGAAGAUAUGAGGAGGCAGAGUUGAUGAACCGACGAGCGCUAGAAGGGUAUGAGAGGGAGCUUAGGGUCAACCAUCCAGACACGCUCACUAGCGUCAGCAAUCUUGCGUCAGUGCUACAGAGCCAGGGAAGAUAUGAGGAGGCAGAGUUGAUGAACCGACGAGCGCUAGAAGGGAGGGAGAGGGAGCUUGGGGUCAACCAUCCAGACACGCUCACUAGCGUCAGCAACCUUGCGUUACUGCUAGACAGCCAGGGAAGAUAUGAGGAGGCAGAGUUGAUGAACCGACGAGCGCUAGAAGGGUAUGAGAGGGAGCUUAGGGUCAACCAUCCAGACACGCUCACUAGCGUUAGCAACCUUGCGUUAGUGCUAGACAGCCAGGGAAGAUAUGAGGAGGCAGAGUUGAUGAACCGACGAGCGCUAGAAGGGAGAGAGAGGGAGCUUGGGGUCAACCAUCCAGACACGCUCACUAGCGUCUACAACUUGGCUUUCCUUCUAGCUUCCCUGCAACGUUAUGAGCCUGCGGCGGAACUGUACCAGAGGGCAUGCAACGGCUAUGAAAUUGCCCUUGGGCGGGACCAUCCAACUACAUUAGCAUGUAGAAGGCACUAUUCCUGCUUAGUCGAAGAGCAUAGCGGGAGUUAAGGCAUGUGAGGUGUGAAGAUAGCCUCUGAGGAGUAGUUGGACCCUUAUUAAACGAAAUGGCUGGAGGAUGUAGAAUAAUGUUAUUGGAAGUAUACGGUGGCACUAUAUUGGCCUAGUCUUGAUCAGCACUGGCCGAACAGCGUGUGCCACUGUGACAGGGGUUGCAUCAUCCGACCUUCUUGGCGCCAUGGCAGCCUUUGCAUGAAUUUCAAACCUUCCUGAACCUUGGAGAGUUAAGGGUCUAUCGGUGCGAUCUUGGACCAUAUUCAGAAAAGCAUUCAAAGCCCCUUCAAUGGUACUGUAUAGAUAGGCAUUUAAUGAAUGCUGCUUCAAUUGGAAGAUAGAGAGCCAGUGCAAAUAUGGAAUGGACAGAGUAGUG